GGAAGAAAAGAACAUGGCUCCUGUGGCUGGCAGCGCCGAGAGCGGCGCAGCGCAAAGGCGCGCCGGGCGCCAGUGAGCGCGAUGGUCAACUCGAGGCGCGUGCAGCCGCAGCUGCCCGGGGACGCCAAGCGGCCGUCAGCGCCGCGAACGGCGGGCCCGGGCCGGCUGAUGGCGGGCAGUUCGGCAGUGGGCGCCGGCCUCGCCACCCCUGGCGGCCUCCGCGAGCAGAGGGGCCUGGAGAUCGAGAUGGAGCGCAUCCGGCAGGCAGCAGCGCGGGACCCCCCGGCUGGAGCCUCGGCCUCCCCGUCUCCUCCACUCUCAUCAUGUUCCAGGCAAGCGUGGAGCCGGGACAACCCGGGCUUCGAGGCUGAGGAAGACGACGAUGAGGAGGAAGAGGAGGUGGAAGGAGAAGAAGGGGGAAUGGUGGUGGAGAUGGAUGUGGAGUGGCGCCCGGGCGGCCGGAGGUCUGUCACCUCCUCGGCUGUAAGCUCUGCAGGCGCCGGGGGCCGGGCGCUGGGGGGCUACCACGGCGGAGGCCAUCCGAGUGGGAGGCGGCACCGGCGAGAGGACCAGGGGCCGUCGUGUCCCAGCCCCGAUGGCGGCGGGGACCCGCUGCAUCGCCGCCUCCCCAUGGACGGGCAGCCGCCCCGAGUGGCCUGGUCCAAGAGGCUGGCUCGAGGGCUGCGAGGUCUCUGGGGAACAAGACUCAUGGAGGAAAACAACACUAGCCGAGAGAAAUACCUUAAAAGUGUUUUACGGGAACUGGUCACAUACCUCCUUUUUCUCGUAAUCGUGUGUAUCUUGACCUAUGGUAUGGUGAGCUCCAGCGUGUACUACUACAACCGCAUGAUGUCACAGCUCUUCCUGGACUCCCCGCUCUCCAAGACGGAGACGACCAACUUCAGAACGCUGUCUUCAAUGGAAGACUUUUGGAAGUUCACAGAAGGCCCCUUGCUGGAUGGGCUGUACUGGAAGAUGCAGCCCAGCAACUCAACUGAAACUGACAACCAAAGCUUCAUUUACUACGAGAACCUGCUCUUAGGCAUACCACGCAUACGGCAGCUCAGAGUCAGGAACGGAUCCUGCUCCAUCCCGCAGGACUUGAGAGAUGAGAUCAAAGAGUGCUACGAUGUCUACUCCAGCAGCAGUGAAGACCGGGCACCAUUUGGCCCUCGGAACGGAACUGCUUGGAUCUACACAAGCGAAAAAGAUUUGAAUGGGAGUAGCUACUGGGGCAUGAUUACAACUUACAGUGGAGCUGGCUACUACCUGGAUUUGUCAAGAACCAGAGAGGAAACAGCUUCCCAGAUCGCUAGCCUCAAGAGAAAUGGCUGGCUGGACCGAGGGACCAGGGCCACCUUCAUUGACUUUUCUGUGUACAAUGCCAACGUGAACCUGUUCUGUGUAGCCAGGUUGUUGGUUGAAUUCCCAGCCACAGGUGGUGUGAUCACAUCCUGGCAAUUUCAGCCUGUGAAGCUGAUCCGAUAUAUAACAACUUUUGAUUACUUCCUGGCAGCCUGUGAGAUUAUCUUUUGUUUCUUUAUACUUUACUAUGUGGUGGAAGAGAUAUUGGAAAUUCGCAUUCACAAGCUACAGUAUUUCAGGAGUUUCUGGAAUUGUCUGGAUGUUGUGAUCAUUGUGCUGUCGAUAGUAGCUAUAGGAAUCAAUAUCUUCAGAACUUCAAGUGCAGAAAUGCUGGUAGAGUUUCUAGAAAAUCAGAAUACGUUCCCCAACUUUGAACAUCUGGCGUACUGGCAAAUAGAGUUCAACAAUGUAGCUGCUGUCAUGGUAUUUUUUGUUUGGAUUAAGCUCUUCAAAUUUAUCAACUUUAACAGGACCAUGAGCCAGCUCUCCACAACCAUGUCACGGUGUGCCAAAGACCUCUUCGGCUUUGCUAUUAUGUUCUUCAUCAUUUUUUUAGCUUACGCUCAGUUGGCAUAUCUUGUCUUUGGCACCCAGGUUGAUGACUUCAGCACUUUCCGAGAAU